AUGACAAGGCCGUCAGAGAUCAACCAACAUCCUGUAACGGAUACCGAGAAUGUCGAAGAAAAGAAGGAGGAUCAAUUUGAUAUUAUCGAGGCGGAAAACCGAUCUGCGAGCCAGGCUGUAGUAAUUGACCCGGAAGACGAUGAUGACCCAGCGAAACCGACUUUACCAUUUUCCAAAGCGAGAUGCAUUGCUCUUGUGGCAACGGUCACGGGCGCCAGCUUCUUGAAUACACUAUCAAUCCAGUCUGUCAUCAUUAUUCUGCCAACGAUCGGCCAGGAGAUAGGAAUUCCCGACAGUAGACAGCAAUGGGUAGUGUCUUCUUACUCCCUUACUUUUGGCUGCUUCCUACUUCUAUGGGGUCGCAUCGCAGAUAUUUAUGGGAAGCGAAAUAUUUUCAUCUUGGGAAGUGCCUUCAUGGCAGCGACGAUGAUAGCCAACCCAUUUAUCCCAAAUGAAAUAGGCUUCAACAUAUUCCGUGGCCUACAAGGACUUGGUGCUGCCGCCAAUGUACCAACAGCUAUUGGAAUCCUUGGUGUUACAUUCCCGCCGGGCAAAGCAAAGAACUAUGCUUUCAGCGCGUACGCUGCUGGCGCGCCUCUUGGCUCCGCAUUCGGUAAUAUAAUUAGCGGCUUCAUUGCUUCCUUUGCUAAUUGGAAAUGGGUGUUCGGGGCUACUGGUGGAAUCGCGCUUGUUAUCACCUUCGCAGCUUUAUUCUUCAUACCACCACCACCACCAGAUCCAACGAAUGGGCCAAACAAUAUCUCGUCGCCAAAAUCCAUCGACUGGAUCGGUGGCGCUCUUAUUACUGCCUCGAUAUUAUCUCUGUUGUUUGCUUUGACGGAAGGCAAUGUAGUAGGAUGGGGUACGGUUUGGAUCUACCUGUUGAUCGUGAUCUCCAUGCUGCUUCUUGCAAUCUUUGUCGCGUGGCAAUGGUAUCAGGAGAAGUAUACGACAAGUAAGCCGCUUAUGAAGGUCUCCCUCUUUAAAGACCCCCGCUUUAGCGCCGCUAUGGUCAUCAUGGCUAUGAUAUUCGGCGCUUUCAACGAUAUGGUUGUUUCUGCUACAUUCCUCUUUCAGGAUUACCAGGCACUCGGGGCAUUGCAGACCACCCUUCGAUUUAUACCUACGGGCGUCGGUGGGACGAUCACUGCGUUCGUGGUGAGCCAUCUCAUCUCACGCAUACCUACCUGGAUAUUGCUUUUAUUUGGCAACCUGAGUGUAUCGGUGGCAUGCCUUUUAUUCUCUGUACCGAUCCCUCCACAUACGUCCUACUUCGCUUAUGCGCUACCGGCAUUCAUCCUUUCGGUAUUCGGUACUGAUACUGGUUGGCCGUGCCUAACCCUCUUUACCUCCAAGACCCUGCCCCAGGAAGACCAGGCGAUAGGAGGUGCACUCGUUAACGCGAUGGGGCAGAUUGGAAGAGCGAUCGGGUUAGCAAUCACUACAGCAAUUCAAACAGCAGUGAUGGCAAGGGACAGGGGUGUGCCGGUAGAGGAGUCGGGUAAGAUAUUGCCUUGGGAACCAGCAUCGUUAGCUGGAUUAAGAGCAGGUAUGUGGUUUAAUUUCGCACUUGCGUUAUGCUGCUCGGGCAUCGUGACUGUGUAUUUUCGUGGAACUGGUAUUGUUGGCAAGAUUGAGACUAAGCAGCGAUCCGGGAGAGUCCUUGGUCAGGAGGGUACGACGAAAGAAGAUGCUGCUCGUAGAUAG